AGCGUAUAAAAGCCUCGGGUCUUGUUCACAGGGACAGAAGCACAGAAGAACUCGACCAACUCAACACAGAACCGAAAACCCUCCGAAGAUGCUUUGCCCAAGCACAUUUCAGCCUCACCUCAGCCCAUUCAUGGACUUCCACUGGCCAGUGCGCAGUCUGUGGCCAGAGACCAGACCUCUGUUUUUUCAGAUCGAGCAAGAAAUGAUGAGACACAUGCAGGAGAUGAGACACAACCUGGAGUUCAUGGAACGCCUGCACCAAAGGAUUUUCGACGAGAUCGACCACGUUUCACCCAUGACGACUUUUAAACCCAUCUCAUUCCAGAUCGGAAAGGAAGGAAGCCACUACGCGCUGAUGCUAGACACAAAGGAUUUCUCUCCAGAGGAGCUGUCUGUUAAACAAGUUGGCAGGAAGCUGAGAGUGAGCGGCAAGACAGAGAAGAAGCAGGACGACGGGAAAGGAUCAUUCUCGUACAGAUGCCAAGAAUUCAGGCAGGAGUUUGACCUUCCUGAAGGUGUGAAUCCUGAGAUGGUGACCUGCUCUUUAAAUAAUGGCCAGCUACAGAUACAAGCACCCAAAGAAGCCAGUGCUGCGAGCAACGAGAGAGUGGUUCCCAUUACAUACACUCCUGCUGUGAAAAGUCCUGCUCCUCAAAGCCCUCAACCUCAACUUGAGAGCCAAGCAGCUGAGACAGAGGCUACAAAUAAUUGAGCUUCGCCUCUAAUACUAUAUAUCCCACAGUGGAACAAAUGACUCUAUGGAACAUUCAUGUACGGCUUGAAUUUACAAAAUUGUAAAAUAAUCACAUUUGAAAGAUCAUUACUGGUCCUGGAUUUUGUGGAAAUGUAUUAACAUUUUGUUAAUUGUAUUACGAUUCAGAAGAGAAUACUUCAGUAUUUGUUUUUGUUGAGACUGUUACAUUUUAUUAUAGUUUUUGACAAUAAAGUAAAAAACUAAUCAA